AGCGUCUUGUUACACAUCUGUCCAACUUUGCUUGCAGAAUCAUUCUGAUAAAGUUCUUCGCUUUUCUGCAAUUUUUAAGCCCCUCCCCCCUCCGCGCCGUUAGCCACUUUACACAAAGAUAUUGAUAUUGUGUAGAAGUUGCAAACUAGCGUCAUUAUUUGGAAACAACCCCUCCCCUCCGUAGUUACGUAAUAUGUAAACACUCCCUCAUUAUCUAUUGUAACCCAGGCCUCUAAUCACUUUGUAGAGAAAUGUAACUAUUGCAGCAGGGACAGAAGAGUUGUCAUUGUCAGCGUCAAAUCAUUGGGCGCUCGUUACGAAUUAUCCUAUUGUCCCUUUUAGAUUCAAUGAUUUAUAUAUGUUUCAAUACGUCAGCCCACAUGCCAUCUUUUUUCUAAUUAUUAUUCGAUUAUUGUUUCGUCUUUUUUAUUGCGCUUUCUUUAACAGCAUUAUGAGUGUAACUUCAUUAUGGAUGUUAUCGUUUGGAGUUGCGGUGAGUGCAAUGAGUUUAGACUUUAAAAGAUGGAUGCUUUUUCUUUUAUCAUAACCUAUGGAUCCAGAUCACGAAAGUUUCUCCAUCCUAUCUUUCUAUUUUUAAAUUUCUACAUUCCUGUUUCAUUGAUAAUCGUUUUUUGAUUGUGUAGACUAUUGGACAUCAUAAAUGUGAUUGGAACAUUGUUGUUUGCUCCCUCAGAUCUAUCUGUUACAUAUAAUUAUUAAUUAAAAACAUCGUCUUUUAAAUUCAUAAUACAUGCUUGGCCGUUCAUCAUAGUUAACGGAUAUUUUCGCAGCUCAAACAAACAUUAAUUACAAAACACACUUGAACACGUCAUGCAUUAAAACUUUAAAACACUGAGGAAGCUACUUUAAAUACACUGUCCAAUAACGGUCAAGUCUCGUGUUAGUUUGUUGCCGUGCAAUAAAUCAAGUGAGCGCUGUUUGGAUUUUAUUGUCGUGUGUUUAUAAGCACACACUUGAUACUGGUAACAUGUGACAAUACAUUGUUGAUUGUGGUCUGUGAUUAAUCAUGUUUGGAUGGGCCGCAGGUCCAAUACGUGAGCAGUCGAGUUCAAUUAAUUCCAUUCUAGUUUAAUUUGAUUAUAUUUUCUUGUUUUUUUUGUCGUGAUUUUCAGAAUGUUCUAGAUGUAAGUGGUAGAUAAUGUUAAUCCAUGUCAGUUUUACAUCAGAUUUUAUUUAGCGUGUUUAUUUUCUGUAAUGAAAUAUGAUCCAUUCUACUACCGAUUACUUGCAUUUUAAAAAUUUGUUGAAAACAUACCGUUAAUUUGCAUUGUGUAAUAUUAUCGUCAUUACUUCAUUAUUACGGGACCCUUCCCCCUUGGUUAUGAAGUCGCAUUAUGUGUCAAGUCAUAUUAUGUAAAGUGUGAACAAACAACUCCCAAGAAUAUUGACCACCUGGAAUUGCCCCCUAUUCAGUAUUAACCUGAUGACAUGAACCAGCUGUCCAGUACCCACAAUCACCACAUUAACCACCACAACACCUUGUACCUCAUCUAGAACCAAGAUGUCACUUUGGCUGAGUGCCAACAAUCUUAAUGGCUUCCUUUUUAUACAAAAGGUUUAUGUCAAAACAAGUCCGACUGCCCCUGAACAACAGAGAUGUGUCACGGUUCUUCAACAACUCAGUCUACAACCGCUCAAUAAAACUGUGGGUCAACAAUGUGUGCUUCACCUGCUCCCGGCUCAUCCUGGCGCAGCACAGCAGCAUCUUCGAGCAGCACCUCCGGGACUCGCCUCCCAGCGUUCUGCUGGAGGACUUCCACAAUAUUGAAGGAGCAGAGAAUGGGAUUCAGGAUGCGCUGAUUUUAUUGUACGGAGGUGCGAUAACAAUGUCGAUGAGGAACAUACAGGUUCUGUCGAGAUUCGCCACUAUUUACAGAAUAAAAGAACUCUUGAACUUGAGUAUGGAGUGGAUUAAAAAUAACCUGGGCGUGGAAAACGUAAUGAUUUUCUUCAAAGCUUUGCAAACGGUGGAUAGUAACGGAGACGUACAAGUUCCUGAUGUAAUCAGGAAGUUUAUGGAAGAAAAAACAGGUCCGAUAGUGGAUCAUUUGUUGAGCAGUUCUGACAAUAUUGACGAUGAAUUCCUCCUGGACAUGCUGGAACUACCCAGCUCUUCCAUUCUUGUUCAGAGAUGUCUGAAAGCUGGCAUGUUGCCAGAUCCUAUUGUCGAGCUUAUUUUCAAGCACAGCAAUACAAUUAAUGUGAACUUUCUCCUUCACGAUGAUAAGAGAACAUAUGUUAGGUUGAUAACUAUUCUGAAAUCUAAGGCACGAUCUUACAAGGACAUGGAGAAAAUAAUUGACAUUCAGCAGAAGUGUAUCUCAAAAAUGUGCCACCCGUACGGCUCUGUUGACUCUCUAGCUACUGGUGUCAACAUGGCGGGUCUUACUCCCGCACCCUCCAUAGCUACUAUAGCUCCUCCCUCAUCACGAUCUCACAACGCAUUCCAGCCAGUAGAACGGCCCCGAAGAGAGGAGUAUCAUCCCAAAUCUCUAGAAAAGGAUAGGGAGAAUGGGCACACGCGCAGACAGAAUAACAACCAAGAAGCUGAGUACCUCAUGCCAGAGGAACUGAAACACAAACAGGACAGUCGAUUUUUGCAGGACUUCAAGAAAGAAGAACCACCGCUGGAUCAAGGUCGGGGUAGUUUCAGAUCGCAUAGAGAUGAACCGCCUCCAGAAGAACCUCAGGGAAGUUUUAGAUCUAACAGCAGACCGCCAUUUCACAUGCGAGACUCCUCGCAGGAGACUGACAUUGCACCAGAUUUCAAUGCUUUUAAUCAUGACAGAAACCGUGAGGAUCCUGUAGAGAAAUCGUUCACGUCACAGCAUCAAAACCAGGACGAUAGAAUGCCUGCCUCUGUGGUGGCCCAACUUAAACAGAAUCUAGCCAAGAACUUUGUAGCAAAGUUUCCCGACCAGGGACUAAAAUCUCGUGCUCAGAUUCCUCAGAUUCCAACAAACUAUGAUGACAAUAAGGAUAAUUACGCUAGCGAUGCUGAGACUUAUCUUGAAGAUCACAACAAGCGGACUAAUUCUACCAGCGUGAACAGUGGAAUGAAAUCUUUAAGUCUGGGUAGAAAUAACCGACCUAUAUCAGGUGAGCCCGAGGGGGAUUCACACAAGACAAACUAUGCUCAAGUUUACAUGAAGAAGAGUCAGCUUCUAACUGAUAGAGAUAACAAGUUAAUGGACAAGAUGAAUGUUCUGGCUCGGGAUCAGGCUCACAACGUUACAGCUCAUCAGGAUGAUAUGAUGGACGCACUUAACAAACUAGCGGAACAACAGGCCAUUAUCGAGCACACGUAUGAUAACAUGUCCAUACUGUCGGGCCGCAUAGGACCCGGUAGAAUCAGUCCCCUGAGGGAGAGUUCUAUAGGUGGCAAACAAAACGACCAUCACCCCCAGCCUCAACCAGAGAGACAGAGGGCUGCCAGCUCUACUUCUAAGAGGAGUGUCUUGGCUGUUGAUAGUGUCAAUGAUUUUGAGGAUGAUAAUCUUGGGAAUAACCGCCACAACUCGGAUAGUAACUCCCUGAGGGCUCCUAUUCAUAUCCCCACUACCUUUGGUACGAAGGGUUCAGCUCGUAACUCUGUGAGGAGUAAUAACUCUGUGAGGCCUCCCGACCUUCCCUCUCACCCCCCUCCGGGUGCGACUAGUUUUUUUGCCGGCGGGGCUUCGGAGGCCGAGUCCACGCCGCUAGAACGGCCUCCACCGACACUACACGUGCCGCCCCCGCCUAAAAUAGUUGAGCAUCCGCCAAUUAACCUAGAGGAGAUGAGUUCCCUAGAUUCAGGUUUACCACCAGACAUUGUCCCAGAUCUACCUCCAGAGUGUCUCCCUGACCACGACCGUAUGUACUCACCUCCCUUCUCCCCUGCCAGUUCUCGCCGUGUUUACUCCCCUCCAAGUGUUCGCUCUCAACCCCCUGCGUCUAUCGCGUCCACCCGCUCCCGCCCUUUCUCUCCUCCUAUCGUGGAGGAAGUGGAGGUAGACGACAGGGGACGCUCGCGCGGCGCUGCCCCAUCUUGGUCCAGACCUAACAACGAGGAGAAAAUCCCUAUCACUAAUCUAAAGAAGGAGGCUCCUAAUCUUACUAAAGAAGAACUUAUACAACAUAGUGCUAUUUUGUUAAACAAGCGGUCCCGUUCUAAGAGCAAGGAAAGAGCUAAGAGUAGAGAACGGAAAUCAAUGCGAAAGAAGAAGGGGGAUCGUGCUGCGAAAAAUAUUUCUAUCCCUAUUUCUUCACUCGACAAAGAGGGUAGACAGCGAAAUAAUUCUUUUGAACGUGAAUUAUUAUCAUUAUCGGAAGUUAAGACCCUGGAACAUCCCACGAAAGGCCGACCUAAGAAAGCUAAAAAUCAUCCCCCAACCUCACCAAUAAGCCAGGAGCCGCCUCCAGCCAACACCAGUCCACCAGACAGAAAGCCCAAACCUUAUCACAUAAAGUUCAUUCCUAGCAAAAUACCCGACAGAGAAGUCUAUUUCAGCUCGUUCACAAAUUCGGUAGUCUCAGACUCUUAGUGAUGAUUUUAUUCAGAUUUUAUGUGCAUUGUGUCAUACAAUUCAAUAUUUUAUGUUUUUGUAUCAAAUCUUAAUUCAGAAAUACCUUUACGAA